UUUGAUGGUGGAAACCCCGGCUACAAGAACCUCCAAUCUAUUGUACAAAAAUGGGGUGUUCCAUGCCGUUUUAGAAGUCAUGAUAAAGGGUGGAUAAUCUUUAAAUUCCAAAAUGAGCAAGAUAGGGCUAAAGUUCUUUUGGAGGGGCCAUAUACUAUGUUUGGAAAAACUUUUCAUUUAAAGUUGCUCUCGGAUGACUUUACUAUGAAUGAUGAGGAGUUUCUCAAAGUUCCUAUUUGGGUGCACUUCCCCCAUCUUCCUAUGAGGAUUUGGGAAGAGGAUAUUAUAAGUGAGGUGGCUUCUAAAGUGGGUAUCCCCAUCACUACGGAUAGAGUAACACUUGAAAAAGCUAGAUCAAAUUUUGCAAGAGUCUUAAUUGAAGUUGAUGCCUCCAAACCGCCACCCCUUGAAUUCAAGAUCAAACUACCAAAUGGCAAACUACACACUCAAUAUGUGAGGUAUGAAACUUUUCCAAACUAUUGCUUCCAUUGCAAAAAGUUUGGACACCAUGCUUUUACUUGCUCCAUUAUUGCCUCAAUUGAAAAGAAAGCUAAAGAAGAUGUUAUAAAAAAAAGAUUGGGCAUUAAUAUAGAAGAAGGGGCUGCCGAGGGUGCAACUUGUGGUGCCAAAACAGUAGCCGAAAGUAGCAAUGUGGAUGCUAAAACAGUGACCAACAAUGAGGAAAACGAGGCUGAGGGGGCUGCCAAAACAGUGAGCAACAAAGAGGAAAACGAGGCCGAGGGGGCUGCCAAAACAGUGAGCAACAAGGAGGCAAUUGAGGAAGAUAAUGACCUUUUUAUCACUAAAAGAGACCAUCCUUUUUUCAAGAGAUUUCGGUUCUUUAAAUGGGGGAAGAAGAAGCCUAUAAGGGGUGAGGGUGGCACAUCCGAUUUCAAAGAUGGUGAGGAUGUACUUGUCCGAAAAGUACAAAAGUUCCAUGACACCUAUCAAGAUGAGGUGAUAGUUGAAAUGCAUACCGAUGAUGUUCUCAUGCCUACUAUCAAUGUAACACAUAAAAAACAUGUAGAUAAGGAUGCUAUAAUACUAAAGAUGGAUCAUCAUCUUAAAAUUGUGAAUGAAGACCAACCCGGAAUGCUAUUUAGUAAGGAAACUUUGGAGGGGCUGCCCGGUAUCACAAGUACCAACAAUGGGUACACUUUCGGCCCUACAUUUAUGAGGGGUGUUCUUAGGCACUAUCUUUGUAGAUAUUAUGAAGAUGGGUGUCCAAGGGGGAAAGCAUCUCUUGUGAAGCGUCCAAGCAUGGUGGAUUACAACAAAGUGCGUGUGGUGAAAGACAUAAGAGAUGCAUACCGAGAUGAUGUUAUUGUCAAACUUGAACUUGGUGAAGACAACCUACCUUUGAUCCAUCUCCUACACUUUGAUGAAGUAAAGGAUCAAAUGGUGAGGCUUGAUAACUACUUGAGAGUCACCCAAGAUGUGCUUACCGAGGGGCUCACUUUCACGCUCAAAUGCAUGGAGGCUAUUCCGGGUGUUUUUCCUACGGAGUAUGGGUAUGAUUUUAACUCUUGGUUCAUUGAAUAUCCAUAUACUUUAUUAUAUCUUACUAGGUACAAAGCAAGAGCAAAGCCGAGCCCUAUUGUUGAAAACAAUGGGAGUAGGCCGAGACAUCAAGGGAAGAGAGGAGGAUGGAGGAACAACAACAAAAGGAUUUGAUGAUUGUGUCCGCUUGGAAUAUAAGAGGCCUUAAUAAGGUCUCCAAACAAAACUCUAUCCUUAAGUUUAUUCGCACUAAUAAUAUUCAUUUGUGUUGUCUUCUUGAAACCAAAAUGACCACUACUAAUUUUGUUAACUUUAGUUCAAAUAGAUUACCUUCUUGGCUAUCUAUUACUAAUUUUGACAAAAUUGAUGGUGGCCGUAUUGGCAUCAUUUGGGACCCACAUUUUGUUCAUAUUAAUGUACUUGAAAUUGACAAACAACAUGUGCAUCUUAGCGCCACAUGUAAGAUUACUCAAAUUGAGUAUCUUGUUACUUUUGUGUAUGCUCUCUACACGGCGCUUGAGAGAAAGGCCCUUUGGGACCAUCUAGCAAACUUGGAGCCUAACAUUAAUAGCCCUUGGCUAGUAAUGGGAGACUUUAAUUGUGUUGGAUGCCCGAAUGAGAGGGUGGGUCCUACCCCUCCCUCGGCCUAUGUUAUGCAACAUUUAAAUGAUUUUAAAUUGCAAACUAAUCUUGUUGAUUGCCCAUCCACGGGCCAAUUCCUUACUUGGAAUAGAGGUUCCCUUUGGGCUAAACUAGAUCGAGUUCUUAUUAAUUCUUUUUGGUCUACUUUGGAUAUUGAGUGCAAAACACAUUUUCAUGAUUUCGAACUUGAAUCCGACCAUGUAGCUUCCAUGGUUUCCAUUGGGAAAACUAAUGGGGCUGCCUCUCGGCCUUUUAAAUUUUUUAAUAUGUGGCUAAACCAUGAGAAUUUCAAUGCCAUCCUCACUACCCAUUGGGUUAAAGAGGUUUAUGGAAGCUCUCAAUUUAUUUUAGCCAAGAAACUGAAGGACCUUAAAAGACCACUUAGAGAGCUCAAUAAACUCCAUUUUGGUCACAUUUCUGAAAGAGUUAAGGACUCCAAAAAAGAGUAUAAAAGGCUCCUUGGGCUUUCUAUACUCUCUCCGUUGGAUGAAACUAUAAAAGAAGAACUCUCCUUGAUAAAGAAAAAACUUCUUAACCUUAAAGUGGCUGAAGAAGACUUUUUUAGGCAAAAGGCCAAGGCUAACCAUCUUGUCCAAAGUGAUAAAUGCACCAAAUACUUCCAUGCUAUUGUGAAAAAGAAUGUGGCUAGAAACUCCAUUACGGCUCUCAAACUCCAAAAUGGAAUGACUACCACCUCUAUUGACCAAGUGGCUACGGAACUGGUGAAGUUUUACACUGACUUAUUUGGUACUCACUAUCCUACCUCCGGACUGGACCCCAAUAUAGUUGCCUCGGGUAGAUGUCUCCCUUCUGCUGCCUCAGCCAGCCUUAUUGGUCCUGUCACAGAUGUGGAAAUCAAAGAGGCUUUGUUUGACAUUGGUGACAACAAAUCACCUGGUCCUGAUGGAUACACAUCGGCAUUUUUUAAAAAGAAUUGGACCAGGGUUGGUUAUGAUUUCACCAAGGCUGUUAAGGCCUUCUUUUUGUCGGGUAGGUUAUUAAAGCAAACUAACCACACGGUUAUUGCUUUAAUUCCUAAGACAACCCAUUCUCCUACGCCGGCUGACUUUAGACCAAUCGCUUGUACAAAUGUGGUAUACAAAGUCAUCACUAAGAUCAUUUCUAAAAGAAUGAUCCCGUGCCUUCCGGACCUUAUUGACCAAGCCCAGGGGGCCUUUGUUGAUGGGAGACUCAUGAUUGAUAAUGUGUUUGUUGCCCAAGAACUGAUUAAAGGAUAUGCUAGGAAACGUAUGUCUCCAAGAUGUAUGAUCAAGGUUGACCUCCGGAAAGCCUAUGAUACUAUAUCUUGGGACUUCCUUACUAGUAUGUUGACCCACUUGGGAUUCCCGGGCAGAUUCAUACACUGGAUUAUGGAGUGUGUCACCACCGCUUCAUACUCCAUAUCAAUCAAUGGUGUUCUCCAUGGCCAUUUUGAGGGUAAAAGAGGGCUUCGGCAAGGGGACCCUAUGUCCCCCCUCUUAUUUGUCCUUUGCUUGGAGUACUUGUCUAGACUAUUGAAUUAUAGGACCAACAACCCUAUGUUCAAUCACCAUCCUCUGUGUAGGUCACUCAAUAUUUCACAUGUGGCAUAUGCUGAUGAUUUGAUGCUUUUUUCUAGAGGUGAUAUCACAUCUAUACAGAUUCUUACACAGGCUUUGGAAGAUUUUGGUAACAUAUCUGGCCUUAGGGUCAACUAUGAUAAAUCAAAUAUCUUCCUUGGUGGUAAUGCAUAUUAUGAGCUUGAUACUAUACUUGAACUGGUGGACUUUAAAAUUGGUGCAUUCCCGGUCACUUAUCUUGGGGUCCCUCUGGCGCCCCUAAAGCUAUCUGUGGCCCAAUACGCACCCCUUUUAGAGUCCAUCACCACUUUUAUUAAUGCUUGGAGUCUUAAAUCUUUAUCUUAUGCAGGCAGAGUUGAGCUAGUCAAAUCAGUUAUACAGGGGGUACACUCUUUUUGGCUACAAAUGUUUCCCAUCCCCAAUGUUAUUCUUGACAGGAUUACAUCCAUUUGCCGCAUUUUUCUUUGGGGAAGCAAAUUCGCUAGGGUCGCCUGGGCGGAUAUUUGCCUCCCGAAAGAAGAAGGUGGACUUGGUAUACAUGAUACGAAGGUUUGGAACAAGGCUCUACUUUCAAAAACUUUUUGGGAUAUACACACUAAAAAGGAUACUCUUUGGGUCAAGUGGGUGCAUGGGGUUUAUCUAAAGGGAAGGAGUGUGUGGGAGUUUGUCCCACACGAAAGAGAUUCACAAUUAUUCAAAAAGAUAGCAUUAAUCCGUGAUGAAAUACUUUCCAAAUUCCCGGACAUUCCGAGUGCUAUACUUGGCCUAAAUGCUCUUCAAUCCAAUGGCAAGCUUGUAUCCUCCAAGGUUUAUGAUUUACUUAGGACUAGGGCUGCCACCCGUGUGUGGAUGCCAUUUAUUUGGAAAGAUUACAUUCCUCCCAAGUUUUCCUUUAUUACUUGGCUGGCAUUCCGUAAUAGAUUAGCCACGUGUGAUAAUCUUCAUAGAUUGGAUGUGGAUAAUACGUGUGUAUUGUGCAAGGGUGGACCGGAAACGGUUCCACACCUCUACUUUGAAUGCUCUUUUUCAGGAAAAGUUUGGGCUAUGAUGAAAGCAUGGAUUGGCAUUCCACGAGUGAUGGGGACCCUAGCUAGUGCGGUCAAAUGGAUCAAGAAGGAGAGGAGUGGAGCUAGUGUACGAGCCAAGGCUGCCAGGAUUGCUUUCUCGUGCACCAUAUACUCGCUUUGGAGAGUCAGGAAUGCAGCUCGCUUUGAUGAUUUUUUGCCAAAGGAGGAGCAAGUUUUUGCCAGGAUACAAUAUGUUGUCUAUAAAAUUCUGUAUUGCAUCUAUCCUUAUGAUUUGGUAGUACUUUGAUAACUUUUUGCCAAUCACCUAUUUGUGUUUGUGAUUGGCCGUGAGGUAGUAUAGGAGGGGGCUGUCAUGGCACCCUUAUUUUGGCAGGUGAUGGGUUAUCCAACCUUUGGUUAGCCUACAUUUUUGCUCAUAUAUUCUCUCUGUACAGAUGAACUAUUGACGGUUUUUUUCUAAUAUACUUACAUGUUAUCGUCGA